AUGAAGAGCUCUCUGCUGGCAGCUAUCUUUUUAUUUGCAACGGAUUCCUGCAACUGCCUGCGUGGGAAUUUUCCACCUUGCCAGCAGCUCCCAGACUGGGACAAUGAAUUGGUAUGCUACAAAGAAUCCACUGAUGAACUAACUUGUACCUGGCUGCCACUACCUGGUGCUCCAAAUACAACUAAUUAUACCCUAUUCCUAAAAUGGGAUGGAAUAUCAAAACAUUUUCAACGCAACACAUCAUCAUCUUCCAUCACAAUAGAACGCAAGUCUCUCUUCAUGAAGCGAUCUGCGUCUAUUUGGAUAGCAGUGAAUUAUGCCCAUGGCAGCUGCAUGAAAGGAAAGAACAUCUCAGUUAUGCCAAGCAAAGCAGGGAAGUGCUUGACACCAUCUAACAUAAACGCUCAUCAGAUGACAAACCAAUUGAUAAUAAAGUGGAACCUGCCUGCAACUCCUACACCAUAUGAGCUGAGAUACAGAGAGGCACUCACAGAACCCACUCAGUGGACACUGGUGCCUGUAGAAAGCAAUGCUGUCAAUGUCACCAUUUCAAAUUUAAAUGCUCUGUCUUCAUACCUUGUCCAGCUCAGAUGUGUAGCCAAGAAAGGCCUCGAUUGUGUUUGCAUUUGGAGUAAAGAGAUUUUGGUCCCUCACAAACUCAUGAGCAAGCCAAGAAUAUCAUAUAAUGGGACUACAGAAAUCUCUCCAGGCAGAAGAGGCAUUCUUCUGAAGUGGGAGCUAACAGGAAAUGAAGACAUCCUUGGAUAUUACAUUUAUGUGGAAAGAAUACCCAACAGUUGCAGGAAUUCAUCAAAUCGUAUAUUUCUCAAAGACAGAGAAGUUCUUCUAAAUCUCUCCAUGGCAUAUUAUAGAGUUAAUAUCUCUGCCUACAACAAAGCAGGAGAAUCUCCACAAGCCAUCUUCGUUGUCCCAGACUUCUCUGCAACAGACUUGCCUGGCCAAAUCCACGUAAACCACCAGGGAACUAAUGCAGUUGUCACCUGGACUCCAGAAUACAGUCCAAAAUGUUUUGUGGUUGACUGGGGCACCAGUAAAGAGGAUAUGUGCAUGAAAAUAAUAACCACAGCAACUGGAAAUUUCACACUUGGCAAUUUUCAGCCAUAUAAGUUGUACAAAAUGAUGGUGCAUGCAUCUGAUGUGUGUCAGUGUGAAAGUUUUACAAGACAUGAAAAGACUUUUGGAGUGACCCACUUUUACUCAGUUGAAGGAGUUCCUAGGAUAGGUCCCACUAAUGUGACAAUUCUGAAUAUCACAAAGCAUUCUGCACUUGUGAAGUGGACUGAAAUAGCUGCUGAAGACUGUUUGGGCUUUCUCCAGGGAUACAGGAUCAGCUACACAGAUUUAUCAAGGAAAGAGUCUCUGUCUGUUACUCUUAAUUCUUCUACCACAAGUUACCAUCUUACCAGUCUGAAGGAAAAAACCAUCUACCGUGUGGGGAUUUUAGGAUUCACUAAUGCUGGUGAAGGACCUCCAACUCUUUCACAUCCUUUCAGCACUCCAAAAUAUGAUAAGGGAGAAUUUGAAGGUUUUGUGACUGGCCUUACCUUCAGCAUGAUGUUCAUUCUGGUUUUUGCGUGUCUCACUUGUUCUGUGGUGUUCAAAAGACUGAAAAUGUCAUGCUGGCCCAGUGUACCAAGUCCAAGAAACAGCAGUGCACUCCAAGAUACGACUAAUUGGAAACCUGUUUCAAGAUCACUGCUUCAGGCCUUGUCAGACAAUGAUACCACGAGCCUUUAUGUUACAGAGCAUGAUUCAAAGGCUCCUUCGAAGCUAGAUCUCUUUACUGAUGGUGGAGAAGACAGCAAGUGUGACACUUGCCAGUUAAAAGAAGCUAGCAAUAACAUAGAUAUAAAUCUAAGGCAUGAAGAAAUCCAUGAAGAAGCAGUUACAAAUGAAGAAGCAGAACUAAUUUCCAUUGCAGUACCAGUCUUGAGUGACUACACCAGCAUGGAGUUCAGCCAGAAAGCCCUCAUGAAUCUGACAGUGAAGAUGCCUGCAAAACCCGCUUAUCCUCACUUGGAAAAAAGCAAUAAGCAAGCAAAAACACACCAUCAGGUUUUGUUUCCUCCCCAAGACUACCUCAAACAAAGCCAGGUAGUGUUUUUGCGAUCUGGACCGACUUUGAUGGGACAAGUCAAUUCUAACUGAAGCACCUUCAUUUUUUCCCAUGCUAUAAAAUCAAGUUCCAAAACCUCUGGUGC